ACAGGGGCAGGAGGGGAGACGUGGGAAGGAGGAGCUCUACAGCGCUAUGGCAGAGUACGAGCACUUCGAAGACAGGAUAGGAUAUCUGGCUGAGCGGGAUCGAAGGUGCUCGAAUUUCACCACGUUUGUGCUCUCUUUCCUACCCCCCUUGCUCCUCAUCAUCGUCGCUCAGAUGGCAGACACCUACAUCGACCCUUACCAACGAAAUGUCACCGACUACAAGAACGGGCCCAGCAUAAGUUUUCCAGUAAAACCGUCAAUCGUUACCGAUACCGACCUUGUCAUUGUUUCAUGGGUGAUCCCUUCCUUGGUCAUUCUGACGGUCUCUUGGCUGAAGAAGAGCAAAACAAAGCGAAGCAUCACUGUCUUCCUUGCAUUCUGCGAGACAGCAGCAGCAACGUUCCUGUUUGUUGUUGUUGGGAAGAAGGUCGCAGGGUCCCUUCGCCCUUGCUUCAUCGGUAUCCCUGCUCCUGCUCCUGCUCCUUAUCCUCCUGUAUCCUUGGAUCUCACCAGCUGCAGCUAUGUGCCAGUGGGAUGGCGUCAAGUGUCAUUCGACCCCAGCGGAAAUUCGAGAUUCGAGACAAUCCUUCCCAUCCGGACAUGCUUCCUCGAGCGGUUUGUUGAGAUCAUCCUCCACAGUGAAGAUGACGUCAGUGCAGCUGCAGGCCUGGUCUUCCUGUCCCAGUUUCUCCACUGCGAAUUCCAUUCCAUGUCCUCUACGGCAGCCUUGUCUUCGCUCUUUCGGCUCAUGGUUCUAGCUCCUCCAUUAGUUGCAUUCUUGAUUGGCAUUGCUCGGACGAUAACGUACCAUCACCGUUUUGAAGAUAUCAUCAUGGGGUUUGUGCUUGGGGGAUCGGCUGCCAUCUACAUGUGGCGAUCGCACGGGCUAUCGAACAAAUCUCCGAGCAAUCGAGAU